CGGCUGCCACCCUGGCUGGGCCUCGCACAAUGGAGGGUGAAAGCGUCAAGACGAGCUCCCAGCCCCCAGUUCAGGCCGGAGAUGAUGAGAAGAACCAGAGGACGACCACUGUCAACUCUGCCCAUAUGGGGAAGGCAUUCAAGGUUAUGAAUGAACUGCGGAGUAAACAGCUGUUGUGUGACGUGAUGAUUGUGGCGGAAGAUGUCGAGAUAGAAGCCCACCGUGUGGUCCUGGCAGCCUGCAGCCCUUACUUCUGUGCAAUGUUCACAGGUGACAUGUCUGAGAGUAAAGCGAAGAAGAUAGAAAUCAAGGACGUGGAUGGGAGGACGCUGAAUAAGCUGAUUGACUACAUCUAUACGGCAGAAAUUGAGGUGACCGAAGAGAAUGUCCAGGUGCUACUCCCAGCGGCCAGUUUGCUGCAGCUCAUGGACGUUCGGCAGAACUGCUGUGACUUCCUGCAGUCUCAGUUGCAUCCCACCAACUGCUUGGGCAUCCGCGCGUUUGCAGACGUGCACACCUGCACCGACCUUCUGCAGCAGGCCAACGCUUAUGCAGCAGAGCAGCACUUUCCAGAGGUGAUGCUGGGGGAAGAAUUUCUUAGCCUAAGUCUGGACCAGGUGUGCAGCCUGAUAUCCAGUGACAAGCUGACCGUUUCUUCAGAGGAGAAGGUAUUUGAAGCUGUGAUUUCAUGGAUCAAUUAUGAGAAAGAAACCCGUUUAGAGCACAUGGCAAAACUGAUGGAACAUGUCCGUCUCCCUCUCUUACCGAGGGAUUACCUGGUCCAGACGGUUGAAGAAGAAGCUUUGAUAAAGAAUAACAACACCUGUAAGGACUUCCUCAUCGAGGCCAUGAAAUACCAUCUGCUCCCUCUGGAUCAGAGGCUCUUGAUUAAGAACCCGAGGACCAAGCCCAGGACUCCAGUCAGCCUGCCCAAGGUCAUGAUUGUGGUCGGUGGCCAGGCCCCCAAGGCGAUCCGCAGCGUGGAAUGCUAUGAUUUUGAAGAGGACCGGUGGGACCAGAUUGCUGAGCUUCCCUCCAGGAGAUGCAGAGCAGGUGUGGUGUUCAUGGCUGGUCACGUGUAUGCUGUGGGCGGGUUUAAUGGCUCACUGCGCGUGCGGACCGUGGAUGUAUAUGACGGUGUGAAGGACCAAUGGACGUCCAUCGCCAGCAUGCAGGAGCGCCGGAGCACUCUGGGCGCGGCCGUACUCAAUGACCUGCUCUAUGCCGUGGGGGGCUUUGAUGGCAGUACUGGCCUAGCGUCCGUGGAAGCCUACAGCUACAAGACCAACGAGUGGUUCUUCGUGGCCCCAAUGAACACCCGGCGGAGCAGCGUGGGUGUGGGUGUCGUGGAGGGGAAGCUGUAUGCUGUCGGGGGUUACGAUGGGGCUUCCCGCCAGUGCCUGAGCACCGUGGAGCAGUACAACCCGGCAACCAAUGAGUGGACGUAUGUGGCGGACAUGAGCACCCGCCGCAGUGGUGCAGGGGUCGGGGUGCUCAGUGGCCAGCUGUAUGCCACGGGUGGGCACGACGGGCCCCUGGUGAGGAAGAGCGUUGAAGUUUACGAUCCCGGAACAAACACCUGGAAGCAGGUGGCAGACAUGAAUAUGUGCCGGCGAAAUGCAGGAGUCUGUGCAGUGAAUGGGCUUCUGUAUGUGGUUGGAGGGGAUGAUGGAUCCUGCAACUUGGCUUCGGUGGAGUACUACAAUCCUGUCACCGACAAAUGGACGCUGCUACCAACCAACAUGAGCACGGGGCGGAGCUACGCAGGUGUUGCUGUGAUUCACAAGCCCUUGUGACCCCCACGCCCACGGCCAGGAGGUGGAGGAGGGGAGGGGUGCUGCCUGUGGCUCAGAACAGCGGCACCCUCACUGCCACUCGCUGCCAGAGUCCGCAGAGGAGCAAGAAGUGCCCUCCUCCGACGUGGCUAAGUGGCGUCUGACGUGGA